GUUCAUCUACUUGUUUGGGUGAACUAACAGUUAUUUAAGUGGAGGGUAUGUCAAAUGAAAGUUUAGGCGCCAUUGUAGGCCGAUAUGUACCUUUUAUUUGGGGUCUUUGUUGUUAUCGUACACAUCUUAUCUUGCUCAGAAUGUUAUGUACAACGAGGUUUAGAAGAUCCUUAUGCUGAAACACCAAAAUGUGAGCCUAUUCGUAUUAAGGCAUGCCAGGAUUUACCAUAUAACAUAACGAUCUUCCCAAAUGAUAUGGGACAUGCUACACAAGAUGAUGCCGCACAGGAAAUAAGUCAGUACACAUCGCUGAUACGGAUAAAAUGCAGUCCUUCGCUGAAGCUGUUCCUAUGUUCAUUAUUUUUCCCUGUUUGCACAGGGAUGAAAAGGCCUUUACCACCCUGUCGUUCACUUUGUGAACAAAAUCGAAAGGAUUGUGAACCGUUAAUGCGAGGCUUUCAGUUUGAAUGGCCAGAAAUCAUGAAUUGUGAUCGUUUCCCAGAAGAUUCCUUGUGUAUAGCGGAAAAUAAAACAGAGAAGCGUGUUUCCAAGGAGCCUUCGUUCGUUUGUCCUGUUCAUAUGAGAGUACCGCCGAGCUUCGAGUUCCGUAUCAGGAUGGGAAGUGGCCAAGUCAUUUCUGAUUGUGGAAUACCAUGCGACGACUUUCUUUUUGGUGACUCCUCUUCGAGAAGAUUUUCACGUCUAUGGAUUGGUCUUUGGAGUUGCCUCUGUGCAGCGUCCACUUUGUUUACUGUCCUCACUUUUCUCAUCGAUAUGCCUCGCUUUCAGUAUCCAGAGAGACCAAUUAUAUUCCUGUCAGCUUGUUACCUUAUGGUAGCGCUUACAUAUGUCGCUGGAUUUAUUCUGAAUAAUGAAGUUGCUUGCUCAGGUCCAUUUCCAGCACCACAAUCUCUUAGUGGACAAAUUGAAAUGCCACGAUUAAUUACCCAGGGAACAAAAUUUGAAGGAUGCAUUAUCCUCUUCAUGUUACUCUAUUUCUUCUCUAUGGCUAGUUCAAUAUGGUGGGUUGUACUCACAAUUACCUGGUAUUUAGCUGCGAAAUGUCAUUGGGCGCAUGAAGCUAUCUCACGUAAUGCUCAGUACUUACACUUUGCUGCUUGGGCAAUACCUGCUGCAAAGACAAUCGGUAUAUUAGCACUGGGCAAAGUUGACGGUGACCCGUUGUCUGGUGUCUGUUUCACUGGGUUAACAGAUCCAGUUAUCCUGAGAGCUUUUUUAAUCGCUCCACUUUGCUUGUAUCUUUUAAUUGGAACAUGUUUCCUAUUCGCUGGAUUUGUCUCCUUAUUCAAAAUUCGUACAAUUAUUAAAACGGGUGGUUCAAAAACGGAUGAUUUAGAAAAGUUGAUUAUGCGUAUUGGUGUAUUCAGUCUGUUGUACAUCGUACCAGCGCUAGUUGUCAUUGCCUGUUAUCUACACGAGUCAAGAAUGUCAGAGAAAUGGAUGUUGACAUGGUAUACAACUGAAGUUUGUCGUAAAGUUGAUCCAAAUCUGCUAGCUGAUUCAAUAUGUCCUGGACACUUUAGACGAUUAGUCGAGGCUGGCAGUGCUGCGUCUCGUUCAUCAGAUAAUUCGGAUGGAUUUGUUAGUGAAAAUAUUUUCGCCAAAAUGUCUGCAUUAGAAAAACCUGAAUUUGAAUUAUUCAUGAUUAAAUAUCUGAUGACCUUGAUCGUUGGCAUAACAAGUGGUAUAUGGAUAUGGAGUGGUAAAACGUUGGUGUCAUGGCAACGAUUUUUCGCCCGUGUAUUCCGUCGACGUGGUUGCUGUGGUGGUGGUGGUGGGAAUAAAGAUCUUAAUGAUCUUGGUAUUGUACCAGCGAAUCGAUCAGGUCUGGUUGUCGCCAGACGAGCAGCGGGGGUUCAACCGAAUGUCCUCCCAGCGAAUAUCACAUCAAAUCCGGGUUCUGUACCACUGUUAACUCGAACAGUACAAUCAAGUCAUCCAGUUCAACCGUUUAUGUUCAAUCAACAGGAUACAACAACAACGACAAGUGGUUGGGCGUCAAGAGGUGCACCAUCUGGUGUGACUGCACCACCAGAUAUCUCUGCAGCGCCGCCUCCGGUUAGUUAUGCUGGUCAACCGAAUUGGUUAGGCAAUCCGGGUACAAAUUCACUUCAAAUGAAUGCUGGACUAAUGAAUACAAAUGCACAGAAUGUUGUACCGACGAAUUCUGGGCUAGGAUUAUUGUAAUUUACUUUUAUUCACACUGAAAGGAAAAUAUCAUAUCAGUAGACAUAAAUGUGUACUACUACUAAUAAUGAUGAAGACAACAAGAUCUCACCCACAUUUCGUUUCAUUGAUAAAACCUGUUUUUAUUACUUAAUAUUAUCAAUAUACUACUUAUUAUUUCUACAACUAUUUCAUCUGUAAAUUCGCUCAACAUAUACACAUACAUAGACAUAUUUGCAACAUUUAUAGACAACUAUUUAUAACUACCAUUAUUUAUUUUCAUCUGUGUGUGCACGUAUGUGUGUGCUUGCGCGCCGUCGAUUGAUUUCUUCAGCGUAUUCUCCAACCGUACCCGAUGUUAUUCAUCACAUCGUCAAGACAAGUAUCAUCAAUCCUUUUUUAUACUGUAUAUCACAUCUUUAUAUAUUCCAGACGAUCACUGCCACAUUACAUUGUAUAGUAUCAAACAAACAGCCCUACGGAUUGUAUGUAUGUGUGUGUGUUUGUGUGUCCAUCUUCUUUCUUUCUUACAUACAUACGUACAUACACACACAUGUCUAUCUCUCUAUCGUCUACCGUAACUAUAAAUUAGGCUCUAAGGUUUAGGUAGGUAGGUGGUGAUGGAUGACGUUACACGAUCAUCCAAGGUAGCUUUGUAAGAGUAAUUUGAGAACAGUUUAUUUUGAGUUCUUCUUAAAUGUAUUUAUUUAUUGAUUUCCUUUUAUUGUAUUCAACUUUUUUAUCUUGAUGACAAUAAUGUGUUUAUGAAAGUAACACAAUAUGCAUUUAUAUUAAUUCAUAUUCGCCCCCCCCACCCACGCGGUCGACCACCCUACCCCCCUGCUUCGCUUUCUCUGUAGGGAAAAGGAUAAAAGAGAGAGGGAUAGAAUGCGAAUACUCACUUGUUCUUUGUGUAUGAGUGUGUAUGUAUGUAUGUACGCUUUUACAAAUCAAGAGAAUUACUCAUCACAGCAUAUAUAUAUAUAUAUAUAUAUACAACAACUAAACGCUACUACUUCUACGACAGCUCCUACUGACAUUCAUAUAUAUUUCAUGCAUGUGUUUUUUUGUGUUGUUGUAAAUCGUUAAACAUAAAGCGACAAAGUGUAUAUUUUGCUUUUAUCAUGCUUUAUUAGACUACUUGUAUAAGUAUUAUUGCUUUUCUAUUUUCUCCUAAUAUUGUUUUUUUUUCAACGAUACUUUCACCGUUUUUUUUAAGGAAAGGGGUGGGAACAGUUGAUGAGUUGUUGAAUUCACGUGGUUGUAUACCCCGCCCCACCAUGAUUACCGCUCUUUAUUAUGCUGCAUUGCUUUGUCUUCUGGCUUCUUUUUAUCAUCAUUGUGAUUUUUUAUAAUAUACAUAUUGUGUGGGAGCAUCGGUUGGGGGUGGCGAGGGAGGCACGGGUGUCCUAUUUCUUCAUUUUUGUUUUCCGUCUAUUCACCCACGUAUCCAUCUAUCUAUAUAUAUAUGUGCCCGUUGGGUGACAUAAUUAGUCGACAGAAUUUUCAACGGAUUAAUGGACGAAUUUAUUCAUGAUUGUAAACAGUGUGCGAUUUCUUGUCUUCUCACCUGCCCCCCUCAGCUGUCUUUGACUGUCUCCUUUUUUUGCGCGGUUUUUUGUUUUUAAUAUUUUUUUUUGUUUUUUGUUUUAUAAUUUUCUCAAGCUUUCUUUCUUUUCUUUGAUACUAAUUGUAAAACCAAGUCCAAUCAUCAUGGUGUUCUACACGUGUUUUUUUAAAAAAAAUAAUAAAAUUUACUAUUAUCGGUAAAUAGGGGAUGCAUUCAUACAUGGUAUUGUGUUGUUUAUUUAUUUAAUUUGAACUUUCUCUCUCUCUCUCUCUCUGUGUGUCUCUCACUGAAUUGUAUUCACUUUCUUUUGGUGUUAUGAAUUACUGUGAGACACAGACGCGAGUGUACUCUCAAAGUUACAACACAAAACUAACAAAUAAAUGCUGAAUGAAAAAGGAAUGAUGGGGAAUGAAGGAUAACGGGAGAAGAUGAUCAAAUAAAUUUGAUUACGUUUAUAUAUAUAUAUACAGAUGAAUAUAUAUGUAAAACAUCAAACGGAAGAAUAUUUGUUUUCGCUCCAUGGUGUAUUUGUAUCUAUGCGGCACACAUGAUGUGUUUGGUAGGCCAGUUGGUGAGUGUUGGCCACAAUGAGGUGGGUGGCUGAUGAUGAUGGUGGUGAUGGUGGUUCGUGUUAUGUGAAACCAAUACAGACUGAUUAUGAUGGUGAUGGCGAUGAUGUAAUCGUUAUCAGCUUAUUACAUUGACCUUAUUCAUAAUGUUUUUCCCGUUUGUCUGCGUAUUCGACCUCCUACAUAUACCUACACAUACAUACACACACAGACACACACGCACGCAUGUAAUAUGACCUUGUUGAUAUGCAUUUUUCCCCUAAUCUCUUCCUUCUUAUACAUUGGUGGUAAUUUGUCUCUCUUGGUAUGUGUGUGUGUGUGUACGUGUGUGGUCUCUCUUCUUUUCUCGACUACUUGUGCUGACUAUCGAUUAACAAUAAGGAUCUUUAUUAUUUCUCUUAAGUGAAAAGAAAGAGGAGAGGGGAGAAAUAAAUGAAUAAAUAAAUAAAGACGAACUGUUUUCACAUUACAAACAACCUUGUUCUAUUGAUUUGUUUUGUUUGCUUUUGUUGACAGUAACUAAUUGAUUGGCUGAUUGAUUUUUAAGAGUUCAUCUGUAGGAAUUAGAUUUGUUUCAUUCAAGUUUAGUCAUGGAUUUAAUGACAGCCAGUUGUUUCGUUCUUGUCUCUGUCUCUUCAGCAGUGAAACUCCCACCAUCGGGGCUCAGACCAAGGACCUUUCGGUUACAAGAUACUCAAGGGUUCUGAGUGGAUGAUGACUACUGUUGAAGAGCCUUAGAUGA